AUGGUCUAUGGCUCAUGUGGGUCUGAGCCUGGCCUGGGGCACCCUCCACAGGCCACCCUGAAUGAUAAACUUGAGGCCGCUGUGACAACCAGGCCAUGCAAGGGUUACAGCCUACUGAUAACGGAAUGCCUUCUUUUCAUCUGCAAUGUCUGUGGUCUAGCUAAAGGGUACAAGGUGACAGGGAAUAGCAAGUCAAGAGCUAGUGCUCAGAUAGAAAUUCCUGCUAAAGAGACCGAUAUGUGGGACAGAAAAUUCGAGGACUAGCCAUCCAGCCUAUAAACACUGCAUGAAUUUAAGACAGUUUUAGGUCUGAAAAGCCUGAAUCAAAAGGCCAAUCAACAUGUUGGAGAUGUGACUUUAGAAAAGUUUGUCAAUGGCAUAGAAAAUGAUCAUGAUCUUCUGGAGACUAUUUCCAAGAGCUUCGAUCUCUCCAAUUCCAACGUACUGAAAGUAAUUUGUAAUUGUAAUCAGCCAGAUACGAAAGAGGCCUCUUCCAAAUAACAUGACAAAGCUUGUCUAGAGAAGGUGAAAGUGGAGUGGCUGUGA